UUGUCAGUGAGUUCUGCGGGAGCACGAAACUCACCGAGCAGGGAUGAGACGGAAGAGAAAAGAAGACGACGUUUAUCUCACAAGUUUGAUGAAAUUCACCUGCCGAAUUUGGAAUAUGUUUAUUUUUCCAAAGUGGUGGAUUUGUAUCGUUUUUCUGACAGGUGCCCUCCCUCCUGGCUGUUUGGGGGUUAAUGUGUUUGUGAGAGACGAGAAGAGGUAUGCCGUGCUGUUCCAGUCGGUGGUUCUGCCAUGUCACUACAACAGCGUGUCCACGCAAACCCCCGUGGUGCAGUGGGUCUACAAGUCGUACUGUCGAGACCGUACACGGGAUUCUUUCAGUUUCCCAGAAAGCCUGGGUGGAGGUCUGGGAGGAGGGGGGAUGACAGGUGGAACAGGCGGCGCUGUUGGAGGGUACGAGAAUGCGAUGACGGCAAGCUACCUUGACUGUGCUGACAGCAGCCGGACGGUCCGAACUGUGGCUUCCAUCUCUGGCUCCUCCAUCACACUGUCAGAGUAUUACAAGAACAGAGACAUCUCCAUCAUCAACAAGGCAGACCUUCGCAUAGGAGAGGUCCAGUGGGGAGACAGCGGAGUUUACAUCUGUAAAGUGGUGAUUUCUGAUGACUUAGAGGGACAGAAUGAAGCCUCUGUGGAGCUGCUGGUUCUUGGUUUUUCUUGGAUGCCUGAAGAUCUCCUGCCAGACUUUGAUUUGAAGAUUAUGCCAGAGUGGGUGUUUGUUACUGCGGUAGCACUGGGCAGCCUCUUAUUCCUGUUGUUGGUUGGGGUUUGUUGGUGUCAGUGCUGUCCUCACUCCUGCUGCUGCUACGUCAGCUGCUGGUGCUGCCCGGACACAUGCUGCUGCCCUCGACACUUAUAUGAGGCAGGCAAGGGUAUAAAGACUGGCACCUCCACCCCUCAGUCACCGACAUACCCUCCAUAUUUUGUCACGGGCGUCCCAACAAUGGUUCCCAUUGCCCCGCCAUCCCUGGUGGACAAGAUGUCUUCGGUCACCCCUUCUGAUGGCAGCUUACUCACAGCAGUGCCGAUGCAUGCUGUAGGGGUUCCCUACCGCGUGGCUACACCUCAGGAUCAGGACUCCCUCAGGGUGCUUCAGUAUGUAGAGAAGCAACUGGCUCACUUCAACCCUGCCAGGUCCAUCAGCCACCAGUCCUGUAACCUGUCCGAGCUGAGUUCCCUCCAUGAGGGAGAUAACAGCUUCCGCCAAACAUAUCGAAAUGUCCAGCAAAAGGCUCUGCCCGCCAUCCCUGACCGCGACCCUGAGCCUGAACCACAACGAUACCGUGACAACCGCAGCCCGGAGCACCAACGCUACCGGGAUGAUCCCCCUUCGCCUCGACGGUAUCAUGACAACCCUGACUCAGAGCAACGCCGCUGCAAGGAAGAGCCCCUUCCUCCACGCCGAUACAGUGACGACCCUCCACCCUCCUCGCAGCCGCACAGAGCUGUCCGAAAUCAACGGCAAAAGAAUCACAGCGAUGACGAGAACCACAAGAGGUGGAACCCUCGAUCAGAACAUCUGCAUAGAAAGACGUACCGCUCUGAAGGACGAACCGGCUCACUGGAUGAGCUGAAGGAGUUUGCUGCCUCAUACAAGCAGAGAGUGAGAGGGGCGGAGAAAAGAGAAGAAGAAAGGGGCGAAUACGAAAUGGAGCUUCUGGAGUUCAGUCGAUAUCCUUCCUACCGAGACUGCCCUGCUCAACAUUAUCACAGUGAUGAAAAUGAGCUCGAGGAGUACAGUGACCGUGAAGGUAAUACUAGACGAAACAAGAAAAGCAGACACAAUAUAAGCCCGCUCUCUUCCCCUAAAAAGAGAAGAGGCACUUGGGACAGCGAGCGCCCUGCCCCACCUCCUCCCAGAGUCAGUCCUCCAUCGAGUUCUUCUCAAGAGAAGGAUUACGACAGCACGUUCCUAAACAAGCUGCUGGAGCGCAAGUCGAAGCUGCGAGGGGUCAGCCCGGGGAGGAGUGGGGCCCGGGGCGAGGAGGAUUCAGACACACCCUCAAAAGGAAGCUCCAAAAAGAGCAGCGGGGAAUCCAACCGUCACUGCAGUCGCUCUCCUAGUAACAGACCUGAGGUAGAAUCGCUUCCUUCUUAUGCAGAGACAGAGCGAAGCAGAACUGACAGGCCAUCUCCACUGCAGCUCCAUGCAAACACUCACUCAUCUCCAGCUCCGACACACUCUCAGCCCAGUCGCAGAGAGGAACCCAGAGACAAGAGCCGCAAAGUGGUCAGGUUCAGAUGCUACCACAGUGAAAGCUAGAGUACUCUACUCAGCCGGGACUCCCUCAUCGUCUGAUCAACUGAAACCGUAAAGGACUUAUAACUUAAAGCAGACUGUCUUCGUGGACUGCAUGUCGGCAAUAAAAGAUGAUAGCAAUAGGUUUGGAUUGCUAAACUUUGCAAAGUACACAUUACCUUUGUGGAAAGCUGAAUGAAGAAAUGAACAGUUUGUGGAUACUUUUACUUUGGAGACUGUUCCUGGAGUUCCUGCCUGUGACGUCGCUGAAUGAUGAAGUCAUCAACAUUCGGUUUCUGUCACCGGCUGCCUCAUACAUUUGUCAGCUGGCCUAACUCUGAACUAAUGCUGGCCGGUUGUAUGACCUGGACUGUCCCUCCCAGCAGGACGCUGUCCAUCUCCCCUUGUCUCUUUAGAAAAGGCUCUGAAGCGCAGAGACGCGCUUUACGCUUCCAGCACAAUGAGUGCAUUCAUUUCCAUCUGAUGGGAUUCAGUAUCUGCAUUAAAAUAGCCCAGUUGUUGAGAAGAAGGUGUAUGACAACACCAUUAUUGUAAAGGACAUAUUGUAGCUCAAGUUGUUAGACACAAUGUGUCAUUCAGUAACAUGUUUAGUAACUAAAACACCUAACUCAGACGGCUUUUAAAGGACAUUUAAAUGUUGAUUUAAGCGAGACGUAGAGGUCAACAUUAACAGUAUUAUUUAUAUCUACAGAGAAGGUUGACAAAAUAAUGCUACCAUGGAAAAGGAAGGUAACCUUGUUAGAGCUGCAACAAGCUUUUUUAUAAACAAUAGAUCAAAGGACUGCCCUUACAUUUCCACUGUGCAAUCCACUCUCUCUUCGUCCACUCAGAAGCCAGUCCAAUUUUUACUUCUGCUUUUAUUCCUCCUUUUUCUCAAUGGGCACAGACUCAGGUGAAAUAAGUGCAACAUGCAUGCAGCUGUGCUGGGUAAAGUUAAGUCCAAUGUCAUCUACUCCAUACAACAUUAAUCCGCUCUAGAAGCAGCCUUGCAAAGUAUAAAAUGUAUUCAUUAUGAGCAUAUACUGUUUAAUAAAUUUGUUUUUAUGGACAUAAUAACAAAGGAGGCACAUUGUGUGUGCCCAAACAUGUUCAAUUUCAUGACAUCUACAGAGUAUUUCAAACUCAGAAAGCUACAGUGAACACUAAUAAGAGUGUAGAGGAGUAGUGCAGACCCGCUCCUGACUUAAUGUGACCCACAUUAUUUGCAGCAUUUGCAUUAACUAAGUAAAGUCAAAUAACAUUGUUUUUCCUACCCAGUAUGUCAGCGUUUAAAUGUGUUAGUUUUGACAAUUUAACAGUUUUCUCAGAAGGGACUAACACUUGACAGUUUGGGGUUUUUUGUUAACCUUUAGGGUGUUGCCCUGCCACUUGCCUUCUAUGAUUGUUGUGCUACAUUAUGAGGUUUUUUUUUGUGAUCUAUUUAUGUGUAUUGUGUGAUAAAUGAUCAUGUUUGCCUAAACUUUUCAGUGUUACUAUGUACAUACGAUCAAGUGUCUUUGAUUUGAUUUAAUGACAAUAAUUCAGCCCUGUUUUAGAACUAUGCUGACUCCAACUCUAAACCAACAACUUCCUGUGUUAUAACAAGACACAUUCACACACUUCUUUAACACACACACACACACACACACACACACACACACACACACACACACACAUCUUAGCUGACUAAGUUCUAAUUUGAUCAGUAUAAUUUUAAUGUUAUUCUCAAAUGACCCCAUGAGGUAUUUUGUUCUUCCUGCCUCCAUGUUGCCUUAAAAAAAGUCAAACGUC